AUGGCACGGGGCGGAUGCCGAAGAUCGGCUCGUCAAAGUCCAGCAGGUACGAUUGUACGGUUGCCGGAGACAGAGGAGGUCAUUGCGGACCUGAAAGCGGUGGGGCAGCGUGCAGUUAUCGCACGUGGUGGAAUUGGCGGCAAAGGAAAUGUACGCUUCAAGAGCAGCACGUUUCAAGCUCCGCGCGUCGCUGAAAAGGGAGAACCAGGAGAGGAACGUACCAUCACUCUAGAAGUCAAGUUGAUUGCAGACGUUGGCUUGGUCGGCUAUCCAAAUGGAGGCAAAUCGACACUGCUCGCACGAACCUCUGCCGCAAAACCGAAGAUUGCGGACUACCCUUUUACAACCCUGACCCCCAACCUAGGUGUCGUCCGAGUUGAUCCAGAACACAACUUUGUGCUUGCAGAUAUUCCUGGCCUCAUUGAGGGCGCGCACGAAGGUGCAGGACUGGGACAUGACUUUCUGCGGCAUAUCGAACGCACGAAGAUGCUCCUCCACAUCAUCGAUACUGCCUCCGUCGAUGGACGCGAUCCAAUCACCGAUUACGAACAGAUUAACACGGAACUCGAACGUUACAACCCUCGCUUAGUUCGCCUGCCACAGUUAAUUGUCCUAAAUAAAAUUGACCUUCCUGAUGCACAGACCAAUCUGGAGCGAGUUAAAGACUACUUCGGGAAACGUCGUGUCUUUCCAAUCUCUGCGGUCACCGGCGAAGGAGUAGACCGGCUCAUCAGAGCAGCCUAUCAACUCCUGCAGCGGAUAAAUGAACGGAUCCGUGAACGCCAAGAAACUGUAGAACCUCAACCAACCUUCCACAUACCCACACCUGACGAGCGAUUUGAACUCAUUACACAGAAAGAUCGUUUUAUCGUGCGUGGCGAAGAACCGCGUCGCGCUGUUCUCAUGACCGAUAUGGAAAAUGAUCAGGCACUGGUUCUCCUCCAUCGAAAACUAAAAAAAAUGGGCGUCCUGAAUGCGCUCAUCAAAGCUGGUAUCACGGAAGGCGAUACUGUCCAAGUUGAUACCUUCGAGUUUACUAUAGCCCUGAUGAAAUCAACACACAUUGAACCUCGUCAACUGUUAGCGCGCGCUCGAAGAGUUGUCGUGAAGGUUGGCAGCACAACCGUUUCAAAGAACUUUGACCUUGAUUCCGAGCGUCUAGACGCAUUGGUACAAGAUCUCGCAUCAGUGAAGCAAAAGGGUAAAGAGGUUAUUCUCGUUACCUCUGGUGCAAUCGCUGCGGGCACAGGGAGAUUGGGACUCACGCAACGCCCACAAACACUCCCUGGGUUACAGGCAGCUGCGUCAGUUGGACAGACCCGCUUGAUGCACGCUUAUGAGCAUCGGUUUUCGCAAUAUAAACAGAUUACAGGUACGAUGCUGCUGACACAGGACGACUUCAAUUUCCGCGAACGCUAUACACACAUGAGCAAUACGUUACGCGCUCUGUUGCGGCUUGGUGCACUUCCAAUUAUCAACGAAAAUGAUACCGUUGCAGUGGAGGAGAUCAAGGUCGGCGACAACGAUACGCUGGCGGCGUAUGUAACUAAUCUCGCAGAGGCAGAUCUGCUGAUUAUCUUGUCGGAUCAGGAUGGGUUUUAUACCGCAGACCCUCGCAAGGACCCUGAAGCAAAAUGA